GCAAGUCACGUGACCCAGAGGCUGCGGCAGCCUGUGCUAUAAAUCCGUACCGAGAGAGUCCGCUCACCGAGUCCGCACCGGAGUCAUCAUGGCGGGGGCGAUCAUAGAAAACAUGAGCACCAAGAAGCUGUGCAUGGUGGGGGUCACCCUGCUGAUCUUCCAGGUGCUGGCAUUCCUGGUCGGGGGGCUGAUCGCACCGAAACCCACGACGUCUGUCCGCUUCCUGGCCGCGAAAUGUAUCGACAUCCGGAAAGGUCACCACGGCUCCAACAAGUGGCUGAUGCCGUGGGGGAAAGACAAGUGCGAAAAGGUCCAGUCCCUCGACGAAGCCAUGAGCCGGCUCAUCGAGGCCAACGACAUCGUGUUCUCCGUCCACAUCCCGUUCAGCGGCUACGAGAUGAGCUCCUGGUUCCAGUUCAUGCUGAUUAUCCUGGAGCUGAACGUCGUCUUCAAAUUCAGAAACGCCAUCGAGGAAAACGCGAUGGUCACGCUGGACGUGGCGAUGGCCUACCGCGACGACCCCAACGAUCCUUGGACGGAAAUGGCGCGGUCCGUGGAGCAGCGGAAGCUGAAGUGUAUCCUGCCGGUGCCCAAGACUCACGAGAACGAGGGCCGUAAUUACGACUGCGAUACCCUUCCGCUCCUGGAGCUCGGGAGCAUAGCCCAUAAAUUCUACCUGCUUAACAUCCGGCUGCCGGUCAACGAACGGAAGAAAAUCAACAUCGGAAUUGGUGAAAUUCAGGAUCUGCAUAUUGUGAGUAUAUUCCAGAAUGGGGGCUUCACAAAAGUCUGGUUUGCUAUGAAGACCUUCCUCACGCCCAGCAUCAUCAUCAUCAUGAUUUGGUACUGGAGGAGGAUCACCAUGAUGACGCGGUCACCGGUUCUCUUGGAAAAAGUGAUUUUCGCUCUGGGCUUUUCCAUGACCUUCAUCAAUAUCCCCGUCGAGUGGUUCUCCAUCGGCUUUGACUGGACCUGGAUGCUGCUGUUUGGUGAUAUCCGGCAGGGGAUCUUCUACUCGAUGCUGCUGUCCUUCUGGAUCAUCUUCUGCGGAGAGCACAUGAUGGAUCAAAGCGACCGGAAUCGGAUCUCCGUUUACUGGAAGCAGGUCGGCCCCAUUGCCUUUGGAUCCUGCUGUCUCUUUAUAUUUGACAUGUGUGAGCGGGGGGUGCAGCUGAAGAACCCGUUCUACAGCAUUUGGGCGACAGAUGUUGGUGCAGAACUGGCUAUGGCGUUCAUUAUCGUGGCCGGGAUCUGCGCCUGUCUCUAUUUCUUGUUCCUCUGUUUCAUGGUUUACCAGGUCUUCCGGAACAUCGGCGGGAAGCAGACCAGUCUGCCGGCGAUGAGUAAAGCGCGCAGGCUGCACUACCAGGGGCUGAUAUUUCGAUUCAAGUUUUUGAUGAUUGUGACCUUGGCUUGCGCAGCUCUGACUGUCGUCUUUUUCAUCACUACUCAGGUCUCGGACGGGAACCUGAAAUGGGGAGAAUAUUCCGUUGAACUGAACAGCGCCUUCUUCACCGGGGUCUACGGCAUGUGGAACCUCUACGUCUUUGCCCUCAUGUUCCUCUACGCGCCCUCGCACAAGCAGUAUGGAGACGGCCAGGGAAACGGUAGUACAGGCAUGGGCAGCGCAGAGGAGAUUCAGCUGACGACCACGAUUACCAGCCUAGACGGACCAACGGAGGUUUACAGACUCGCCGGCAAGGAGUCCCAGGAGUAAAUCCCGUCAGGGGGGUGGGGGGGGGGCGCGAUGUAGACAUAUUUAGUUUAUCUAUAAAUCUCUCCGAAAUGUUACGAGAAGACGGCAGUAUUUAUAGCGGAGUUACUCGGUUAGGACGGGCGUUGCGUCCGUCUGUAACAGGUUUUUUUUAUACUUUAUAUGUAAUUAUAACUUUCGACGAUGAGUUUUUAUGCGUUUUCCGCACUAACGGUUAUAAUCUCCGUGUUUCUGCACAGCGGCUGAUUUAUUCCUGUAGGUUUUCUAUUUGUUUAAUGAUGACUUUAUUGGGAAACCAUUAAUCGCUGACCGUAAAAUACACUCCUUUUUUGUGUUCGAAAGGCAAUAUCCAGCAAGCAAUAAAACAUUGAGGUGUUUUUGUUA